AUGUUAAGAUACAGCGAUCUUGUACCAAAGCAUGAUCAGGAGCCGCUCGAUGCUGGGAACUACCAGCUGGCCGGUGAGCAAGGUGACGAUGAACAACCAGACUUGAUGAUAGAGGUGAGAGACUACGGUGGCUCGGACAUAAACGAAGACAUGGACACGGACGGUGACUUGAACAGUGACUUGGAUGAAGAGAUAGACCUACCAUGGGAGACUACUAUGGCGUCUCUGAACGGCACCGCAGCGCGGGAAGGCACAAUGGUGACAGUUAUCCUCGAACCCCAGUACAAGGUGUACAAAGUGUACAAAGCGCUCUUGGUCAAACACUCUGAAUACUUUAAGAAGGCGCUCAUGGGCCCUUGGAAGGAGGCCGAGGAUCGUGUUGUCAGGAUUGAGGACGUUGAGAGCUACACCUUUGAUGUCUUUGUGGAUUGGUUGCAUACAAAGCGACUGCCUGAGUUAGAUCAGCACUGGCGUCCGGAAGACGAUGGACCUGAUGGCAGACAGACCACAAUGGCUUACGUUCAAGCUUACGUCUUCGGAGACCGCUUCCAGGCCCAAGGGUUCAAGCACGAUAUGAGCCAGAAACUGUUUGAUGGGUUCAUUCAGCACGUCCCGUUCUACGAUACCAUCAUCUACGCCUACGCUCAUCUGCCUGAAGAAGAUGACCUCCUGCAGCUGUUGGUGAAAGUCCAGUGUGCGCAUUGGGAAUCAGAAAUUGGCGAGGGUCAAGAGAUCGAUGAACGUAAGAGACUCCCAACCGACUUUUUGGUCCGUGUCAUGGUACGCUUCGGCGAGUUUGGAACCAAUGUACCAUUCUUUUGGGACAAACGCUAA